GACAAUGAGACAAGUUUCAGAGAGUUUGUGUUGCUGGGAUUCUCAAGGGAGCGAGGAAUCAACUUGUGCCUCUUUGCAGUGGUCCUUUCCAUGUAUCUCAUCACCCUGACAGGCAACACACUCAUCAUCACAGCCAUCCACAUCGACCCAUUGCUCAGCACACCCAUGUACUUCUUCCUGAGCAACCUGUCCUUCCUGGACAUCUGCUAUACAACCAGUGUGGUGCCUCAGUUGUUGGUUCAUUUCCUGACUAGUCACAAGACCAUCUCUUUCAACCGGUGCAUGGCUCAACUCAACAUCUCUUUGUUCCUGGGCAGCACUGAGUUCUUCUUGUUGGCAGCCAUGGCUUAUGACAGAUAUGUGGCUAUCUGCCAUCCUUUGCAUUACAUGGCCAUCAUGGGCAGAAGAGUGUGCAUCCAGUUGGUACUGGCUUGCUGGAUCAGUGGCUUCCUCAAUGCUCUGCUGCAAACUGUAUCCACUGUUCUCCUUCACUUCUGUGGCCUCAACACCAUCAACCAUUUUGCUUGUGAAGUCUUGGCUGUUAUCAAGGUGGCUUGUGCAGAGACUUUUGUCAAUGAAAUAUUGCUUGUGGUGGCAGGGGUCAUUGUGCUUUUGUUCCCCUGUAUUGCAGUGGUGCUCUCCUAUGUGUAUAUCAUCAGGGCCAUCCUGCGCAUCCGCUCGUCUGAAGGUCGCCAUAAAGCAUUCUCCACAUGUACGUCUCACCUGACUGUGGUCACCAUCUGCUAUGGCACAGCAGCUUUUGCUUACAUGAGCCCUAAAUUCAAUACUUCCCCCAACCAGGACAAGGUGCUUGCUUUCUUCUAUGCUGUGGUUACUCCUAUGCUCAACCCCAUCAUAUAUAGCCUAAGGAACAAGGAAGUAAAAGGAGCCUUGUCUAAAGCAGUAUGGAAAACUGUCUGCUAG